GCAACCUAGAACUGUGUCAGACAAGCCUAGCAACUCGGCAGCCAUGGCGUCUUAUUUUGAUGAGCACGACUGCGAGCCGUUGAACCCUGAGCGCGAGGCCCGCAACAACAUGUUGCUGGAGCUCGCGAGGAGAGUGCGCGGGGCUUGGAGCUGGGCCCCGGGCAGCAGAUCACUCUUUAAUAGGAUGGACUUUGAGGACUUGGGAUUGGUGGAUUGGGAACAUCACCUGCCUCCACCAGCUGCCAAGGCUGUGGUGGAGAGCCUCCCCAGAACAGUCAUCGGUAGCUCCAAGGCUGAGCUCAAGUGCCCUGUGUGCCUUUUGGAAUUUGAGGAGGAGGAGACUGUCAUUGAGAUGCCCUGCCGUCACCUCUUCCAUUCCAGCUGCAUUCUGCCCUGGCUAAGUAAGACAAAUUCCUGCCCCCUGUGCCGCCAUGAGCUGCCCACUGAUGAUGACAGUUAUGAAGAGCACAAGAAAGACAAGCCUGUUGUCUUUCUUCCAGGCUCGGAGGCAGCAGCAGCAGCACCGUCUGGAGAAUCUCCACGGAGCCAUGUACACGUGAGGCAGCGGUUAGGGCUGAGAGCUCAGCCUCUGUGACAUCUUCCCCUUUGCACUUUGAUCUUCAUUAAAGGUUUCUUUACCCGCCCUGCAGCUGCACUGCUCACACGCUGGAACAGGGCUCUGCAUCCUCAACCCUGCUGCUAAUGAAAAAGAUGGCAAAGGUGUCAAAUGGCACAAGGUGCCAGACUGCCUUUCUCUCUGCUUGCCUCUAGACUCUGGGUGGUGGGGCCCUGGGAAUAGCCAGGGCUUGGGUCUGAGUAUUCUCAGUUAGAAGUCAGACUGUGUCGGCCUGGCCCUUUGUAGCUGUUUAAAACUGAUAAACUAACUUGCACCACCCCCCUUCCGGAAGACUCUAGUUAACCUUGGAACCUUUAGUUAACAUUGGAAUCCUGGGGGUGUUCUUUAGUUCCUCUGAGAAAACUUUUAACAUUGUAAAAGUUGCUCUCUGCAUCCUGUCCCUGUAGGCCCCCAUAUCAAGGAAUCAAAGUUCAAGCCAGACUGGGUAGGGGAAAGAAAUGAGACUAUAAAGCCAAUCCAGUUCUUUAGCCUUUUUAGAGACUCAUAAAGGGGACCAAGCCUUGGUGGGGGUUUUGAGAGUGGGUUUCUCUAUGUGACCCUGGCUGGCUUGGAACUCGCUGUGUAGACACCAGGCUGCUCCUGGUCUAUACAAAACUAAGAGAUCCUCCUGUCUGUACCUCCCCAGUGCUGGGAUUACUGGUAUGUACUAUCAUUUCCAGACCCUAUUGAUGUAUUUAGAUGGCACCUGACACCCUCAAGAAUCUUUCCUGGACGAAAGGGCUUCUUUUCAUCCCUACCUACUGGAUCAGACCCUCUCUGAUUCUCCAGAACAGACUGCAAACAUGCAAAUUAGAAUUCUUUUAAUAGAUAUAAAAAAGUACUAAAAUA